AUGCUUAGCUAUUUUGGUCCAAGAAGCAGAAUAGUCAUAACGUCUAGGAACAGACAUGUUUUUGUACUAUGCAAAACCGAUCAUGUCUAUGAGGUCAAGCCAUUAGAUUUUUUCAACUCUCUACGUCUUCUGGACCCCGGGACAUUUCAGAGUGGUCUGUCACACGAGCUUUACGAGACAUUGUCACUUGAGUUGGUCAAAUUCUCAAAUGGAAAUCCUCAGGUUCUUCAGUUCUUAAGCAGAUCCAGCAGAGAAUGGACAAGUUUAUCACAAGAAAUUCAGAAAUCGUCUGCCAUUUACAUUCCAGGUAUAUUCGAAAGAAGCUGUUGUGGGCUUGAUGACAACGAAAAAAAUAUAUUUUUAGACAUUGCAUGUUUCUUUAGAAGGAUGGAUAAAGACGACGUUGCAAUGUUACUCGAUGGAUGUGGUUUCUCUGCACAUAUUGGAUUUAAAAACCUUGUUGACAAAUCACUGUUAACCAUAUCACACAAUAUGGUGGACAUGCUCAAAUUUCUCCAAGCAACGGGUCGAGAGAUCGUUCGCCGAGAAUCUAUUGACAGACCAGGAGACCGCAGCAGGUUGUGGGAUGCUGAAGAUAUUAAGGGCGUAUUCAUAGAUAACAUUGGCACAUCAGCUGUUGAGGGGAUUUUUCUGGACAUGUCACAGCUGAAAUGUGAUGCAAAGGCCAGUGUAUUCGAUAAAAUGUGUAACCUUAGACUGUUGAAGUUUUAUUUCUCUAAUGUGAUAAACAACCAUGGAGUGUCUUUACCUCAAGGUCUUGAAUAUUUGCCAAGCAAGCUAAGGCUUCUGCACUGGGAAUACUAUCCUAUAAGCUCUUUGCCGCAAUGUUUUGAUCCAAAGAACCUCGUAGAGCUUAACUUGCCAAAUAGUUGUGUCAAGAAACUUUGGAAAGGAAAAAAGAGUUUGGAAAACCUUAAAAAGAUGAGACUGAGCUACUCCCACCGGUUAACAAAACUUCCAAGACUUACAAGUGCGCAAAAUCUCGAGCUUCUUGAUCUUGAAGGUUGCGAGAGUUUGGUGAGGAUUAGCCACUCUAUAUGUUAUCUUAAGAAGCUUGUUUCUCUGAAUCUGAAGGAUUGCUCGAAUCUGGAGAGUGUUCCAUCUACGUUUUACCUAGAGUCUCUUGAGGUUUUGAAUCUUUCUGGCUGCUCGAAGCUAGAGAAUUUCCCGGAGACCUCGCCAAAUGUGAAAGAACUGUAUUUGGGUGGGACUGUGAUACGAGAAAUACCAUCAUCCAUCAAGAACUUGGUACUACUUCAAAAACUGGACAUGGAAAACAGCAAACACCUUGUGAAUCUUCCAACCAGCAUAUGCAAGUUAAAGCAUCUCGAAACAUUGAAUCUGUCAGGCUGCUCAAGCCUUGAGCGUUUUCCAGACUUGCCUAGAAAGAUGAAAUGCUUAAAGUCUCUGGAUUUAAGCAGGACGGCCAUUAAAGAGCUACCAUCCUCCAUUUCAUAUUUGACUGCUCUUGAAGAACUGAGAUUUGUGGGAUGCAAGAGCCUCGUAAGAUUACCUGACAACGCCUGGAGCCUAAAAUUCAAGGUUGAAUUUCGCCAGAUUGAUACAGACAAGUUUUCGAAACUGUGGAAUAGAUUUGGAUGGCUCAAGAAAGUUCAUUUCUCUUAG